UUGUAUCGCAUAUCUUUGCAACAUGCAAGGCUAUCUCUUCCUUCUCUUGCUAUCUUUUGGCUUUAGCAGCAUCCAAUGCAAGCCGAACUUUGUCAUCUUCCUCGUGGAUGACCUAGGCAUCGGUGAUAUUGGCUGUUUCGGUAAUGACACGAUUAACACGCCAAACAUCGACAAGUUAGCAAGUGAAGGAGCGCGCUUGGCUCAUAACCUCGCACCCGAGUCCGUAUGCACGCCAAGCCGGGCCGCUUUCUUGACAGGAAGAUAUGCAAUUCGCAGUGGAUUGGCCUCGGAGCCUGGGCUUAUUGGGAGAAUGUUCCUAUUCUCUGCCUCUGCUGGAGGACUUCCACAGAAUGAGACUACUUUUGCGGCGGCCGUGCGAGGUGUUGGCUACAAGACAGGAAUGGUAGGUAAAUGGCACCUGGGAUUAAACAAGGACAAAGCGGAUGACUUCCACCAUCACCCCUUGAAACACGGCUUCGACUCCUUCUACGGUCUACCUGUGAGCAAUCUACGACCGUGCUUACUUGGUGAAACGAUCGUCGACUAUCUCGACCCCAACUGGCGUACUAUGUACAACUUGAAGUAUCUCGGAGUGGUGGUGGUUUGCCUGAUCGCCUUUGCUAUGGGAAAAACACUUCGACUUAUUGGUAUCGUUGUUAUAACUAUAGCAACGGCAGUGGUGGUUAAGGAGUACGCGGCCAUACUGAGAGAACAUAUGUUGACGUGUAUUCUGAUGAAGGACUAUAAGAUUGUGGAGCAGCCUUAUGACCUCAAUAACCUGACCAUGCGUUUCACGGAUGAGGCGGUCGGGUUUAUCGAGAAGAAUCGAGAACAGCCAUUUCUGCUGUUUAUGUCAUUCGCCAAGGUACACACACCCAUGUUCACCUCCGACGCAUUCAAGGGGCGGAGCAAACACGGUAGCUAUGGCGACAACGUGGAGGAGAUGGACUGGAGUGUGGGUGAGAUAGUAGGCGCGCUGGAGAGACUGGGGCUGAGGAACAAUACGCUGGUCUACUUGACGUCGGAUCAAGGGCCCCACUUGGAGGAGGGACUCGAGAGCGGCUGGAAAGGCAUAUACAAAGGAGGUAAAGGUCAGGCGUACGAGGGCGGUAUCCGUGUACCCACCGUAGCGUCAUGGCCCUCCCGCAUCCCCGCCGGCAUCGACAUCAACGAGCCAACCUGCAGCUUCGACAUCUUCCCCACCGUGCUGAACCUGGCAGGAGCCCGCCUUCCCGGGGACCGCAUCAUCGACGGCAAAGACAUGAUGCCUCUGCUGACACAGAAGGAGGAGACCUCCCCUCACGAGUUCCUCUUCCACUACUGCGCAAAGUCCAUCCACGCCACGCGGUACCGACCACGCGAGGGAAAAACCACAUGGAAAGCUUUCUUUUUCACCCCUAAAUGGCGACCUCCGGGGAGUGAAAUGUGCUUGGGUGAUGGUGUAUGUAGGUGUUAUGGGGAGGACGUAAACGUUCACGACCCACCACUUCUUUACGACAUUACAGCGGAUCCCUCAGAGAAGAACCCGAUCCCGUCAGGCGAUGCGCGCUACAAAAAGGUCAUGCCGAAUAUCAUCGCUGCCACCAGAGUUCACGAGGGGAAUGUGGACGAGGUCCCAAACCAGCUGAAUAAGAACUGGCACGUGUUCUUUCUCCCUACCCAGUCAUGCUGUAACUACCCCUUGUGUUACUGUAAGGAGCAUCAGUCGCCUCCCAAGCACUAUCCAGGAGAACUGUAAACACGGAUGGUGACGGGGCAGUGGGAAUUUAGGUAAUGGACUGGACUCAAAAAGACGCUUGACACUUGGCGCCAUAUAGAAGACAAACAUAAUCACCUCUUAUUUUAACAUAUAGAUUAGACGGCAACGUAUAGUUUAGACGGCAACAUCAUUUCAAAUAAGAACAUGGGUUAAAAGACGGUGUUAAGAUUUCAAGCUCGGCGUCCAAACCUUCGUCCAUACAAAGGGUUAUAUUUUGUUACGUCAUAUCCGAGAAGGCUGCCGUCUGUACUUCUGAAUUAGUCUUCUGUACGUUCCAAACUUUUUAAAUAUUUCAGUUACACGUUCGUGUAUUUCAGUGACGAUUUUAUAGACAUAGACUUCUCCAUCAGUAGUUGCAAAACACUGUAUGUUUAUUUCCUUUCGUAAUGAUAUAAAUAUGCGUUAAAACGUG